AGGCGGCGCCGCGCUAGCUGCAGCCGAGCCGGCGGCGGCCCCCAGCCCAGCCCGGCGCUGCCGCCGAGCCCGGGCCCCAGCGAGCAGCGGCGCUCAAGUUCCCGCCAUGAGCUGCGGGCUCUGCGGGCUCCGCGGCUCGGGAGACUCCCUCCCGGCUGAGCGCGAUCGCCGCGCCCCGCGGCCCCGACGCGCCUAACGCCGCCGCUCGCCGGUCCCGCUCCCGCUCCCGCCGCCGCCCGCGUCCCGGCCGCCGCCUCGGCCCCGCCGCGCCGCCCGCGAACAGCAUGUCUCGAAGGAAGAUUUCGUCCGAGUCCUUCAGCUCCCUGGGCUCCGACUACCUGGAGACCAGCCCCGAGGAGGAGGGCGAGUGCCCGCUGUCCAGGCUCUGCUGGAACGGCAGCCGGAGCCCGCCCGGGCAGCCCGAGCCCAGCGCGGCCGCCGCCGCCGCCACGGCCGCCGCUGCCGCCGCCUCUGCCGCCGCCGCCGCCGCCGGGGCCAGGAGGGCGCAGCGCCGGAGGCGGGUCAACCUGGACUCGCUGGGCGAGAGCAUCAGCCGCCUGACGGCGCCCUCGCCUCAGACGAUUCAGCAAACUCUCAAGAGGACAUUGCAGUAUUAUGAGCACCAAGUUAUUGGUUAUAGGGAUGCAGAAAAGAAUUUCCACAAUAUCUCCAACAGAUGCUCCUAUGCAGACCAUUCCAACAAAGAGGAAAUCGAGGACAUUUCGGGAAUUCUUCAGUGCACUGCUAAUAUACUCGGAUUGAAGUUCGAGGAAAUUCAAGAACGAUUUGGUGAGGAGUUCUUUAAUAUCUGCUUUGAUGAGAACGAGAGAGUCCUUCGAGCUGUCGGUGGCACAUUGCAGGACUUCUUUAAUGGCUUCGAUGCUUUGUUGGAACACAUUAGAACUUCCUUUGGAAAACAGGCCACUCUGGAGUCACCGUCAUUCCUAUGCAAAGAGCUCCCUGAAGGUGCUCUCAUGCUCCACUACUUCCACCCUCACCAGAUUGUGGGCUUCGCGAUGCUGGGGAUGAUUAAGGCCGCAGGAAAGAAGAUCUAUCGGCUGGAUGUGGAAGUGGAACAGGUGGCAAAUGAGUUAUGCUCCGAUGGCUCAAACCCAGGCAACUGUAGCUGUCUCACUUUUCUUAUCAAAGAAUGUGAAAAUGCUACUAUCUCGAAGAACCUUCCCCAGGGAACCUCCCAGGUUCCCGAGGACCUCAGAAUUAGCAUCAACACCUUCUGCAGAGCCUUUCCUUUCCACUUGAUGUUUGACCCCCACAUGGCAGUCCUUCAGCUGGGGGAAGGCCUGCGGAAGCAGCUUCGAUGCGACACUCACAAAGUGCUCAAGUUUGAGGACUGCUUCGAGAUCGUUUCUCCGAAGGUGACUGCCACCUUCGAAAGGGUCCUGCUGCGACUGUCCACCCCAUUUGUGAUUAGGACCAAGCCUGAGGCUUCUGGCACGGAAAAUAAAGACAAGGUGAUGGAAGUCAAAGGACAAAUGAUCCACGUCCCAGAAUCAAAUUCCAUUUUAUUUUUGGGCUCUCCAUGUGUGGACAAGUUGGACGAACUCAUGGGCCGGGGACUCCAUCUCUCAGACAUCCCCAUCCAUGAUGCCACCCGAGAUGUCAUUUUGGUUGGCGAGCAGGCUAAGGCCCAAGAUGGCUUGAAGAAGAGGAUGGAUAAAUUAAAGGCAACUUUAGAAAGAACUCACCAGGCCCUGGAGGAAGAGAAGAAGAAAACAGUGGAUCUUCUAUACUCUAUUUUUCCCGGUGAUGUAGCCCAGCAACUGUGGCAAGGGCAGCAAGUGCAGGCCAGGAAGUUUGACGAUGUCACCAUGCUCUUCUCGGACAUAGUUGGCUUCACGGCCGUCUGCGCACAGUGCACCCCCAUGCAAGUGAUCAGCAUGCUGAACGAGCUCUACACCAGAUUCGAUCACCAGUGUGGAUUUUUGGAUAUUUAUAAGGUGGAAACAAUAGGUGAUGCAUACUGCGUCGCUGCAGGACUGCACAGAAAAAGCCUCUGCCAUGCGAAGCCCAUUGCGCUCAUGGCCCUGAAGAUGAUGGAGCUUUCAGAAGAGGUGCUGACACCUGACGGGAGGCCCAUCCAGAUGAGGAUAGGCAUUCAUUCAGGCUCUGUGCUGGCUGGAGUUGUUGGGGUAAGAAUGCCACGAUAUUGCCUGUUUGGAAACAACGUCACUCUGGCAAGCAAAUUCGAAUCGGGAAGCCACCCUCGGCGCAUCAAUGUCAGCCCCACCACUUACCAAUUAUUAAAACGGGAAGAAAGUUUCACAUUCAUUCCUCGGUCCCGUGAAGACCUUCCCGACAACUUUCCAAAGGAAAUUCCCGGGAUCUGCUAUUUCCUGGAGGUAAGGACUGGCCCCAGGCAGCCAAAGCCUUCUCUUUCUUCAUCGAGAAUCAAAAAGGUUUCCUACAACAUCGGCACCAUGUUCCUCCGGGAGACAAGCCUCUGAGACGUGCGACAGAUCAAAGACUCCUCCAAAAGCACAAGCCCAGAACACGGGGCACGACGGGAAGGUGGCGAGGGGUUCUCUUUCACUGCUUCGUUGGGAACAAACAGCGGACUUUCUGUGAUGUCAGGCAAUAAUCCUAGAAAAAGGCGGGCGAUGACUGUCAAUUAAAAAACAACUGGAGGGUGGGGGGAACAAGGCGUGUCCAUACGUAGGAGUGUUCUUGGUCACAUAUAUAUUUUAAUUACAGGUAUGGGCCCCCUUUCAAAACUAACCGAUAAAUAGCGUUCAUGUUUGCUUGUUUGUCACACAUACAGAUAUCUUUCCCUCUAUAUUUGUAUCACUUUUGACAGCCAGUUUUAGCAUAUAUUCCUACAUUUAGUGAGGUGGUAUGUGAAGGAUAUUUUCUAACUUUGUUUUUUCUGAAUAGACAUUUCAUACAUAUAUCAUGGCAGUGUGGUAAGCUUCCCAGCAGGAAGAACUGUAACUCAGCAAAAUAUUUUAGGGAUAUUACCUAUUUUUAUACAUAUCUCUUCUAGAUAAUUACCUUUCACACAACAUGAUUAGAUGUCCUGAAUCUGUCACUGUAUGCUUGGUAAAUAGUGUAACUCUAACCUAUUCUUCCAAUAUAGUUUUAUUUACCUAGAGUCUUUAGUGCUUAGACUUGAGGACACAUAUAACCAAGAAUUUCAGAUGCUGAGAAAGAAUUGUACAUCUGCUUAGUAAAUAUAUCCUGUAGAUUUAAUUCAUGUAACAUGGGACCCAGAGCAAAUGGAAUUUCCUAAUAGUAGCUGAGAUUAAAGAAAGAUCCUUUUUGCCAUCUUCUAACAAGAAUCAGUCAAACCCAAAUGCUCUCUUCACUGAACGCUUUUCAACUUUGCAUUCACAAAUACAGGUAGUUAUUAUAAGGUACUGAACUGCACUCUAAAAACAGCAGCCUGCUAAGUGACAUGCUCACACUCCCUCACCCCCUUCAUGAUGGAUGACGCCUAAAGCCACUCUCAGGAGUGAAUGCCUAGAUACUGCCAUUAGUGAGAACACUUUUGCCAAUAACUUUGUUUCUUCAUGUAUAAUAAAGAGCAAGGAAAAAUACCUGUACUGAAUGGCUUUAAGAUUAAAAUACAUGUUCAUCUUCCGUUGGAUUGAGUUGGCUUUUAAAUUCAGUGAAUUACCUUCAAAACAGUGAUUCCCUAACCUUCACUUAGUAAUCACCAUAGUUACCAAUAGGCUUCCAUCACAUGACCUGCUAAAAUGAAGACCAGCUCCCAAUAAUUAGCACUGCAUGAAAAUAUUAUUACAGACUCACCUGAAAUUAGGAGCACGGUGUGUCCAGAGAUUUUCUAUUUUGGAUCAGAUCUAAAACCUAAGUUUCUAUUGAGGUUAAUGAGCUGUCAGUAUUUUUUCCCUUAAAACCUUAGGGUGUCCAUUUUCUUACUACAGUACAUACACUCAUUAGUAGCUCGUGUCUACCGAAUACAACAUGUUUCUUCUUCUGGUCAGUGAUUUGGGCUGCAUUAUGAUUUGCUUAUGGCAUAACUCAGCAAAGGAGCAUAUUAAGAAGUGUCCAAUGUAGUCUGCAAGGCUGCUAUAGUAUAUUUAAGUUCUCUAAGUGGGUCGCUAGAAAGCAUUUGCAUAUUUAUAAAUGCAAAGUAUUUGUUAUAAGGUGAUCACUUGCAUCAUUGUUGAGCCCUGUCCUCGCCCUGGGGCUUAUGAGGACACUCGUGUGUCACUCUUCAUGUGGGACGGGACGGGCCAGCGCUCUCCGAAUCCUGGCCUGGCCUUCUCUUCCCUGAGUCUAGGCCUCUGUUUUCAAGCACACGGGGCGAGAAGGCCUGGGUGUUCAUGGGCGGCUGUGUAGACUGAGGACAGUGUGCCGCCCUGGGAGAUGAACGCACUUCCUUCACAGGGGGCGGGGCCAGCUGUCCAGUCAGUGCACGGAACAGGCGGGGGCACCUGGUCCUUGCUGGGGAAUGGGAGCACCCUUGUCCUCGUGCCAAGAACAGGACCCCGUAGCUAUCCAUGUUGGUGGGCUGCUCACAGCACAGGGGCAUGCGGAGGGAACCCAGCUCACUGAAUCAUUUAUGCUUAUUCUGCACAGUAACUUAGAGCUUAUCCUGACAUGGUAAAUCAAUGCAUGUUUUGGCAGUAAACAAUGCAUUCUGUAACCAUUAGCCUGAAAGGGACUUCCCUGAACAAUCCAAUCCAUUUCCCUGCUUCUUGUAAAGGUUUGGGUAAGCAACUCUUCUAAACAUAUGGCUACUCUCUCUAAACUGUGAUCACGUAUGGGAAGCAUAUUUUAAAAGCAUCGCUGGAAAUCCACUUUCUUAUCUGGCAAUGGAACUAGGGCCCCAAACCAAAACUGUAGAUGCAUUCAGUUUGUCAGAAGAAUAACAAACUCUUUCUUAGUUUAUAUGAUUUUACUUAGAGAAGUUGCUGUUUACAUUGUCACAAUGAAGAAUAUGCCAAAAACCUAUUCAAUAUCACAGACACGAUGUAAGCUCCAGUUUUAAUACAAUAUAAUCUAUAUAUAUCUUUCAAGCUAUAGUCCCAAGCAAUGGUCUAAUCUGUUGCCAUUUUGCCAAUUUAGUACAAUCGAUCAUCAUAGUUGCACUGUUGCUAUGUGUUUGCAAGGCUGUUUAAAAUGGCUGUUCAUGCUAGCUGUACUCACAGAAUUUAGAAGCUGUGAAAAAGCAUCCUACUUUGCUCUACAUAAUACACUCCACAUGCAUUCUGUUAGGAAUUGUGGCUGUAACAGUGGGUGAUAGUUGGUACUUCAUCUGCCUCAUAUCUAUACAGUCUUCUCACUUACAAGCUACCACACACAUCAUGCAUGUUAGUGAGGCAGCCUAAAAGUAAUUUACAUGAAUGUCCCAUGGAAAUCAAGUGGUAUUAAAUUGGGUAAAUGGCUUUACCCCACUUUAAAAGGGAUAUUUUAAAUAUAAUGUGGCACCUGUUUUAGUGUUUUUUCAAGCAACAAAUUGGAAGAAGUCACUUUAUGACUAGCCAUCAGUGCCAAAGCUUUCAUCAGCAAGAGUAUCACUUUGAUGGAGAGGCUGUCAUUGUUUGCAAAUAAAUCUGAUAUCUAACAAAGUGAGAAACCUCCGUAGGUACCCCAAACACACUGCGCGGAUGUGCUUUGUGAACCUCAGUAGGUAAUAGAAGCCAUAACUGAAGAAUAAUACUCAAUGCCUGGAGAAAGGCAGUGUUAAAAUCUGCCUUGAUAUUCAUCAGUUCUCUCAUAUGUUAAAUUAUAUGAGGUUUCCUUUCAGCACCUGACUCUGUGCUGUCCAAUGAGGUGUGACCUGCCGCUGGCUAAAACCGGAGAGCAGGUUCAUGGAGUUGGCACUUCUAACGUGAUUCUCGUGGCCUCACGCUUGUUCCUGAGACAAUGGCGUAUAGAACAUAGUGUUUUAUUAUGAAAAUGCAAAAGUGUGGCCUCUCCAAGAAAAACAGAGCAAGGCAGAACAGCAGCCUAAACAAUGGCUCUCAUGUACAAGUGCAGAAGGCGUUUCAUUUUGCAAAUUCCUCCCAAGAGUUCCAGCAAUAAAGCAAAAUUAAUCUGAUACAUACAAAAGGCAAAGCCACAGAGAAUUUGGAAAACCACCAGGCUUGGCGUUUUGAACAGAAUCAUAUUGCUACCAAUUGAAGUAGGAUAGUUGAGGUUGUGAGGUAUCAAGAGAGGGCACAAGAUUAUUACCACCAUUAAAUACAUUUCAUGAAGGCUCCGUGGGUUCCUGACUCGCUGAGGGCACUGGGCAGAGAGUAAAACGUCGACAUAUAGGUUUCUAUCGUCUCACGCAUUUGGAGCACUACGUAGUCCGUGCUCAGACCCUCUUUUACUCCCCGCAUUACUGAAAACCAUCCCACCCUCUCACGCCUGGCCCCAACAAACACUUGUCUGUACCUCUGAGCCGAAUGCGGCCACACAAAGAGUUUCUGAGGCCUGUUUCAGGCCCAGAGGAAGAUUCACACAAAGUCAGGCCCAAGCAACAAUGCAUUUCUGAAGGGAACUAAGCCCGCCGCCCCCGACCAGGGGUGCUGGGGGACUGCUGACAUCUGAGCUUGUCCUUUUGCUUUUUCUUCUAAAUACAACCUGCUGAGCACUCGCUGCACCCACUGAAUGUCCCUUCGGAAUGAGUGAUAUAUGCACGGCUGUGGGUGGCACCAGAUGCCUCUCAGCCAGCAAUACCUAAUGCUCAAGACCAACAACGAAGUCCCACAUUAAACCGGGCAUUUCUGUUAUGAGACUACAGAUCUUCAAUACAAAAAUAGUCAUUUCAGAGGCUUUUAGGAACAUACCUUAUUAGACACAACCUGAAAAACACGAUGCAUGAGAGACUGAAUUGUUAAAGUGUAACUAACAUAUUCCAUUCUGAAUGAUGAUUCUUUAUGGAUAGCUCUGACACCAAUAUACUCAAUCCACAGUCAGCUGAUUUAGCACACACACACAUUGUGUUAAAAUGACUGAAUGAAUUUUAUUAUUAAAAGUGUAAAUGAACCCCAGCUGUGGGCUCAAUUUCAGGAUCCUCGUGGUGGUGGCUGAAGAACAGACACUGAUAUUAUACACAAAUUAUCAUAAAUUUUGUCAGGACAUGUUGAGAUAGUGUGCAAAAUUCCUUCCUCACACUUGAUUCAAACAAUUGAAACCUAAGGAUUAUUGUGCUCCCACUUUUCUGUUUCCUUCCUCCAUCUCGUCUCUCCUUCUUCUUCCUUCCAUUAAAAUAAGUCAUUUGUACACACGGUGGGGCAAAAGUAGGUUACAGUUGUUCACAUGGAAAAUAAUACCAUAAUUAAUAAAUAAUAAUGCAGAAAUAAAUUCUGUUUCGUGUACCCAAAACUGUAAAUCUACUUUGCCCCACCGUGUGUGUGUGUGUGUGUGUGUGUGUGUGUGUGUGUGUGUGUUGAGUGUUGAGUGUAGCUAUUUUAAGAAAACAUUUUUUGGAGGACUUUGGAGAUAGAGAAGUAAAAUUUGACUUUUUAUUUCUAAUACAUUGUGGCCAGAACACACAGUUUCAUUCAAGUGUCUUGUUGCCAUCCCAUCCUUAUUAAAAAACAAUGCUGUUUAAUGGUUCAACUCAUGAACUUGGCAGUAUCUGGCUGGCUUCAAAACACCUAGGAAGUGUUUAGGAAUACAAAGUAUUGAGCUUUGCCUUCAGAGAUUUGGAUUCAGUAGGUCUUAGGAAUCUGUAGCUAGAAAACCACUCUAGGGAAUGCUAAUGUGUAGCCAGAUUUGGAGAUCAUUGAAGGAUACUCAAAGAAUCCCAAUCACUAGGAAUAACUAUAGAUUGACUGACAUAGCAACAUAGUAUUUGUAGUUAUUUUGAAAGCUAUAGACUCUGAGCUUCAUAGCAUUAUUUUUUUCACAAGUUGUAAUUAUUUUAGCUGUGGUUUCAAAUGUAUUCUCUGCUUCGUAAACAUGAGUCUUCGAACUUGUUAGAGACAGAAAUCAGCACUGAUAAGCAUGAGGGAUGAAUAUUGCUCACUAUAGGGCUAUUCGGCAUACUAGAUAUGGCACCAUUUUCCUAAUUACUGCCUGAACUGUGCGGUAUAUCACAACAUUUGCUGAUCCUCACCACCAAUAUGCGUAUAUACACCAUGAACCUUUGGACAGAGAAACAAAUGUGGAAGUGACAGCCUUGUUUCUGAAUGCUUUGAUGUUUAUGUUAAGAAAAGUCAACAUAAUACUUAGUCUCACUCUGUGCUUUUCACAUCGAACUGUACAUUCACCUAAAAAUAUUCCCGAGCAAUACCUUGCAGCAACCUUUCAAGCAAUAAUUUAAGCCAUGGUGUUGAUGCCACAGGAAACGUGCCAUUUUGUGCACUUCAUAGAACCUUUAGGGAAAUAGAGGCAUGUUUUAUAUAAGCAAUAACAUGGCUGGUGUGAACUUUUAAAAGAUAGUCACCAUGUUCUACUACAGCAAGAUGGACAACAGCUGAUGACCCAGAUAAAAAGUAUCUGAGAAAUGCCGUGCUCAGUGUAUCUCAGAAGACAUUCAGCUGCACACAGGCCACAAAGUACUUCAUAGACUCCUGUCAGAUUAUUUCUGUUGUAUAAUUUUUUUAAAUGCCUAUAAUAAUAUUUCUCUCAAGAGAUGUGUACAUAUGCAAUGCUGCCCAGGUUUUCAGUCUUUGUAGUACAUAAUGGUAAGGAGCAGUUAAGGACGGAUCCAUGAGAAAAAAGUAGAACAGAAGUUGAUUGAGUUGAUUGAGAAUGUAGGCUUUGCAAACAUAUAGAUGGGUCUUGGGACAAGUUAAUUAAUCUGACUGUAAGUUGGAUAGGGUCUUAGAAGAUGAAAGAUUAAAGAUUAAAGAUAAAAAGAGGUUAUUACCACUGUUUUCUACGAUGGCAAGUGUUCAGUAAGUAUAACAGUAUUUUGUCUUCAGAAUAUGGUUGAAAGUCAUUUGUAGUAUAGUUAACAAACAUCUUAAAAUGAUUAUGUAGUUGCAUUGAAAAUAAAGUGCUCCCUUCAGCUAUUUUGAUGAUAGUAUGAAAGCUUUUAGUCCCUUAAUAGUUAAAUUACUCUUCCUUUAUUUAGAAUAAUGUAUGGGGAUUACAGAUAAAAGCCACUGGUAAAUUGUUAUACUAAAGAUAUUCUAAGCAACAGAUUAUUAUUUAGCAAAUUAUAUAAGUUUAAAUCCAUUCUUAAGCUCUUUGACUAUAGUUCCUAUUGCUGUCUCGCUGGGUAAACUCCCUUCUAAUCACAAAUCUGAGCACAAUUGGAAUGGUGGGUGGGUUUGCUAGUCUAUUAGGAUACCCACACCAAAAUUUAAGUUAGCAUCCUUUUGUCUACAACAGGGGUCCUCAAACUACGGCCCGCGGGCCACAUGCAAAUACAAAUAUUGUAUUUGUUCCCGUUUUGUUUUUUUACUUCAAAAUAAGAUAUGUGUAGUGUGCAUAGGAAUUUGUUCAUAGUUUUUUUAAAAAAAACUAUAGUCCGACCCUCCAAUGGUCUGAGGGACAGUGAAUUGGCCCCCUGUAUAAAAAGUUUGAGGACCCCUGGUUUACAAUUUAGAAAAUGACCCUAUAAAAUCAGUCAGGGUUGUUGAUUCACUGAGACAGUUUUGACAGUUGUAUUUUUGUAUAUCAUUCAAUGCGUAACCCUUAAUAAGCAUGCUUUUGAUUAUUAUAAAUAAUGACCAAUUGUUCAUUUGAAACUAUUAAGUUACAUUGAAUUUAUCCUCUCAGUUAAUUCAUCCAGUAACUAAGAUCAUUCUUAAUAUUAAACUUAAGCAAUGUUGCUUAUUAUCUGAAAGCAGAAGACACAAGAAAAAAACAACACCACAAAAUGGCAAGCCUAAGUAAUAACUUGUUUCUCAUUCUUUUGAAACAUUUUUUUAAAAAGUAGUCAGUUUCUAUUGUCUUCCUCUGUGGCCUUUUCACUAUUUGGCGAUAAAGAAGGGAUUCUACUAAAUAUACUUUUGCUGCAGUCUACUACAUGUAAUUCUAUAUAAGUUGGGCAACGAUGUAUUAAUUGGGGUAAAAAUCAGAAGUGUACAAAAUUGCUCCUCACACCACCUUACUUUUUAAAGAGAAUUUCUCCUUUUAUGUUGUCUGGCAGUCAGUUAUACAUCAGACUCCGGACAGGGGCAGAUGGGAGGGCUGGGAUGUGGAGGGGCUCUAGAUGAGAUUGAGCAAAGAGAUUUCAUUUCAUGAAGGUGUAGAUACUCUCAAAGGAGAGGCGGUUUCCAUCAUAGACACGUGUGGCUCCAUGAGAGCCAGAUGAUUUAUUCGACUGGUGGUCAUUCUCACUUUAAAAAGCAAAGAGAAAACUUCACAGGCCGUUCUCAGUGUCCUUAGGGUAGUGUCAGCCUCUCAGCAGCUGCAGUGUCAGUGGCACUGGGACUCCGGGGCUCGCAGAGCUAUGAAUAGGAACUCUCUGAAGGUGGCAGAUAGCGCCACCACGUUGCACUGAUGAAGGUAAAUGAAAGUGUCAGAGCAUCUGGGCUGAAGGAACAGAGAAAGCCAGAUACCAGCUGUGGCGUAAGUCAUGGAAAAGCUGUUAAAAUUAGCACAAAGGGACAGACUAUUGGUGUGCAACUGAUAGGAAAACAAACCCCCCUCUCCCCCCCCCCCACCUCUAUAGCAUGCCUGGCUGAGCUAACAUUCAGCAAGAAAAAUACAAUUUGAUUUUAUACAUCCUUUCCAAAAUUCUGAAAUUAUAAAAACUAUCUUUCCCUAGUUUGAAAAUUUAAUCAGAAAGAAUGAGAAAUAUUUAUUCUGUGUCCUAAAAUCUAUAAAAUCCUUCCUUGGGCUAUACUAUAUUCCAUGUCAUUCUUCACAAUGUUCUCAAAUGAGGUUUUAGCUGCUAGCAAAACAAGUGCUCAAUUUUAGAGUAGGCGGGAGCCUUUAUGACCCGACAGCCUAUCCAUCGCAUUCAGGGUGCUCCAGAGGGUCAGAGCCAGGGAGAGAGGUGCCCGUAGCCUGUGAUGGCGUGCUGUGAGAGAGAUGAAGGUGACUCUGUCUUCCAAUAUUAAAGUGCUUAGGUAAUCUCUUUCUGUCAUUCAAAGAUGUUUCACAUACAAGUAAUUGGUUAAUUCAAGCAGAGUUUGAUUAGAACAUAAAUGUUAAAAGGAGGAAAUAAACAUGAACAAUUACCAGUUAGAAAAAAUAAUGUAGGAUAAAGAUUUGCUGUUUUAGAAGAGUACACUUACUCAUAUCCAAAAGUUGGAAUGCUAGAGACUGGAAAGUUUUCUAACUAUAUCAAAUUGUUCAACACUGAGAAAGGAAAAUAAUUUUGUUGAUGUAUCUCUUAAGGUUUUGUUCCCUGAAGAUAACAUAUAAUUAUAAAUUACAUUUAAAUUAUUUUUUCUCCAUAUUCUUUGCUUGUGGAAAAAAAAUAAAGAUGUAGAUGAUGUCAUGAAUAAGACAAACUUAAAAAUUGUGGCAUUGAGCCAUGGUUUGCAAAUUUGUUAACAUUCUUUUACCUAAAAUAAUAAACUUUUAUUUUAUUUUUAUUUUUUUAAUAUGUUUUUAUUGAUUUCAGAGAAAGGAGGGAAAUGGAGAGAGAGAUCAAAACAACAGUGAUGAGAGAGAACCAUUGAUAGGCUGCCUCCUGAACACCCCUCAUUGGGGAUUGAGCCUGCAACCCGGGCAUGUGCCCUGACUGGGAAUCAAACCGUGACCUCCUGGUUGAUAGGUCGAUGCUCAACCACUGAGCACCCUGGCUGGCGCAAACUGUUUAUAAUAAUAAGGGUUAAGGAUAGCCAUUAAAUACUGUAUUUAGACUUGUUCACAUUAGGAUAUAGAGCAAAGCAACUCAAACUUUUCAAAAUAAAAUCUAAGUCAAAGGUCUUUUAAGUUCAAGUCAUUUGAACAACACAUGUAUUUUUACAUCACCUCUAACAAGAAACUAUGCAUUCCCUACAUAUGGAAACCUCAAUUCCAUUAUUACUUUCCCCAAAGCAUGCCUUUAUGGUCAAUAUCAUUAACUUUCAAGGCUAGCAAGAGAGUAUGGUGUUCUUUUGAGACUGAGGUGAUCUGUAUCAAUAUAUUUGUGUAUAGUUACUUAAAAGGCUUCCCUCUCUUUUAUAGCUUUUUUUUUUCAGUUCAAAGCAUCAUAGAAGCAAAAUAUUGGAGCGAGCAGAUGAUUUUUCAAUAACAUGAACCUCAGACCCUUCAAAUUUUAUUGGUAUAAAUUACCUUGUUGAAAUCAAAACCUAAACUUGACUUGGAGUCUCAAAUAAAUCGCUUUUGUAUUAUUUGACUAUAAUUUAUUAUCAAGAAGGAGAAAUUAAUUCUUAUGUAGAUCUGAUUUUGACCAAGAAGGUCAAGGUAAACUAGAUGACUCUAUAAUUACCUACAGUAAUUCAGGGAGUUUUUUAAAAAUUCUUUAAUUUUUACUUUUGUUGUGCAAAGAUAAUCAUUAGUGGAUGGCAGCUAAAAUUAUUAUUCCUAUCUUUUACAUUUGUUUCAAGCGUGUCACCAGGUACUUGUAAAAUCAGUUCUUUUCAUUUAUUAUGUAACUCCAUGACCUGGAAUAAUAGUUACCCAUUGCUCUUGCUUUUGAUCCUUAAAAACACCUCAUUUUUCCUGUCUAAAAGAAUUCUCCUGCUAAAAUGCAAAUGAGCACCUGACUAUAGGAGGUAUUCCAUUUUGUGAGCUUAUGUGAAGUACUGUAGCUAAGUUCAACUGGACUGCAGCAAAAAGACACCAAUAGGGAAGAUGAAAAAAGAUAGAAAAAUCAAACUUCGCCUGUAGCCCAACCCUGCUGACCUAGAACAAAGCUGAAAAUAGAUGGCAAGGUUAACUGAUUACAGUUGACCCUUGAACAAUACAGGUUAGAUCUGUGCAGAUCCAAUUGUACAUGGAUUUUCUUCAAUAAAUAUAUAGUCAGUAAUUUAAUCCCCAGAUUGUGCAUUUGUGGGUUCAACCAACUGCAGAUCAAAAACAAUAUUUUUAGUCUGCAGUUGGGAACCGAGGAUUGGAGAGCCAAUUGUAUGCAAAGUUCUAUGCCAUCCUCUAUAAUAAAAGGCUAAUAUUGCCGAAACCGGUUUGGCUCAGUGGAUAGAGCGUCGGCCUGCAGACUGAAAGGUCCCAGGUUCGAUUCCGGUCAAGGGCAUGUAUCUGGGUUGCGGGCACAUCCCCAGUGGGAGAUGUGCAGGAGGCAGCUGAUCGAUGUUUCUCUUUCAUCGAUGUUUCUGACUAUCUCUCGCCCUUCCUCUCUGUAAAAAAUCAAUAAAAUAUAUAUAUUUUUUUUUUUUUUUUUAAAAAGGCUAAUAUGCAAAUUGGCUGAACAGUGGAACUACCGGUUGUUACAAUGAGCACUGACCACCAGGAGGCACAUGCUCAAUGCAGGAGCUGCCCCCUGGUGGUCAGUGCACUCCCACAGGGUGAGUGCCACUCAGCCAGAAGCCAGGCUCACAGCUGGCAAGCGCAGCGGAGGUGGCAGGAGCCUCUCCUGCCUCCGUAGCAGGGCUAAGGACCCCUUGGGGGAUGUUUGAUGAGGGAUUCUGGACUGCGAAAGGGCGCAGGCUGGGCUGAGGGACACCCCCCCUCCCCCCAAUGCGCAAAUGUCAUCCAGCAGGCCUCUAGUUUUAUAUAAGGAACUUGAGAAUCCACGGAUUUUGUUAUCUGCUGGGGUCCUAGAACCAGUCCUCAAAUGCCCAGGGACCACUGAGUUUUGGGGAAUCAAAGUUACAUGUGAAUGUUCAGCUGCAUGGCGGUCCAGUAGCCCUAACCUCACACAUUGCUCAAGGGUCAACUGUAUAGAUAUUUAAACACAGUAUUCAUAGUUAACAGACCAGCAUAAAAGUCAGCAUGUCAAACUGUGAUGAAACAAAUAAGAAACUUAAGAAAUAUGCUAAUCAGAAUGAAAGUAUUAAGAGACAAAAAUAACUUUUAGCAUUACAUAUGCCCACAAGUAUAGAAUUUAUUUUCUGUUGGGAAAAUUUGUCUUCAAUCCAUAUUGGCUAUAUGAUCUAAUUAGACAUUAGGAUAGCCCUUAUAACAAUGACAACCCAUGCAAGAGUCCAAAUAUCAAGUGUGGCCAUAACUUGGAUAGUAACAGAAUUGAAUAUUAUUUCUGAAUAAGACAGCUGCUGAAUGUGAAAUGAGUGGGCUAUAUGUAUAGAUGCUAUGUGCAGUAAACUAACUAGGUCCUCAAAGUUUGUCAGUAUCCUCAGCCUCUCUCUCUUUUAUUUUUAUUUUGUGUGUUUUUCUUCCCUUCCUCCCUCCUCUAAUUCCAUGCCUUUGAGAUUUUAACAUAUAGCUACUUAUAACCAUAAUUUUGGCUUACUUGCUAGAAUUAACAAAUUCUCAAGUUCUUAAAUACAAAAAGACAUGAGUGAGGUCAUUUUAUGAUACAUCAAGGGGUCAACCAUUAUAAAUCUCAAUUCCAAAAGAAAAUUCAAUCAUUUCUAGCAGAGUUCAAUUCAUAAGGAAAAGGAAAUAAAAUAUUUUAUUUAAAAUAAUAAAAAAGAGGAAGACAGAAGAGUACGUCCGUCCAUUUUUAGGUACCCUCUAAAAACACUAUAAUAAUUUGAACAAGUCUUGAACAAGAUUUAAAGAAUCUUUAAUCUCCAAAACUAAAAACUUUAUCUUAUUCAUGCUUUUAUGUUAGUGUACUAAGGUUACAUUCAAACUACUUAACUUGUUGUGUCCAUGCCCUAAGUUUGUGUUCAGUUACAGAAAAGCAUAUAGAAAUAACACAGCCUUUUUCUUUCUGGAAGGAUAUGCUUCACUACAUCAAAUCCCUUUGAAUGUGGCUCUUUUUCUCCUUCGGACUUCUUUGUUACACACCUCAGGGUUCCUCUGGUCAAACACGUCAGGUAGUCAGAUAGACAUAGGAAUAUGAAAACUUCAGAAAAUUUUAAAACUUCAAAAGGGAAGAGUUUCUGUGUUAAACGACUCUUAUGUAUUUAACACUGAUUAUUUUUAAAUUGUGAAAAACAAAAAACAGGCAGCUACCAUAUAAAUUGACUGUUUUGAAAGUGCCAAUUGCUUUCCUCCUGUGAUUUUCAUUAAGAAAGCUUUUGUCUUGAAAUGACAGAUAAUUUAUAGACAUUCAAAUGACGAAAUAUGGCAUUCAAUAACUUUACCAUUUUUAUGUCUUGAGGGAAACAUUUUAAUAAUGAAUGUAAAAAUAGAACAAAUGUGGUUGAGAAAAAUAGAAGAAUUUAAGACGAAUUUGAAUAGCUCUGAUCCAAAGUCCCAUUUCCCCCCUCCAUGUUGCUGCCUCCUGCUGAAUUGAUAUGUAAGUCCCAGACUGGCAAAAGUCACAAAUUAUUGUCUCCUGUAAGAAUCUGGAGAUAAGCAGAAAUUAUUCUGUGUGGAAAUUGAAUCACAUCACCAUGGUGGGUUAUGCCUACUAGGGAAGUCAGGUUAGGUUCAAAUAGAAAAAAGUGGUUAAUGGAGAGAAAGACUUCUGAUUUUUUUAAGAGUUGGCUAGACAGACUAUAUCAUUAUUUAAAAAAAUCUUUCUGAGAGUUUUGCCUUGGAAAAGCUCUAAAUUUUUAUAACAGCUGCCUGUAACUACAUUAUAACAUUGGCAAUCAAGUGACAAAACUGUCUCAUUAUGCUUUUAAAAUGUACCGAUUAAGUGCAUUCCCGAAAUAAUACAUAUCGUUCUUCAUUUCAAAAUCAACCUACCUGGAUUCUGACUCUUCGACUGUGAGUAGCCAUUUUACAAAACCAAAGGGUCUAAUAUCCCAAACAGUAUUUUAGAUUAAAAAACAAAACAAUAAACCUUGCCUGCUCAUUUCAAUGCAUAAGACGAACAGCCAAUGCAUUUCCAUCCAACAUUCCCGCACCACAUAAUAAUAAAUAGGAUUCCCAACACACUUAUUAAAAAUACAUAGUUAUAAUGUGCUGGGCCGUCUUUCACUUCCUCUGCAUGGGGUAGGUUUCACUUAACCAGAUACAUGAAUUAUUUUAAUAUUUUGUCCAAUUCAUUUGCUGUAAUUUCACGGGUCUAAAUUUUUGGUUUGGUUUGUGAUGUAAAUAAUAUUGUAUAUCUGCUAUUUUGCUAUCAGAUUAUACUUUGUAAAUCAUUCCUUUUAAAAAUCUAGUUGCCCAAACUUAAAUUACAAUGUCAUCAAAUAACACUACGUAAAUAUACUAAUAUAUCUGUAGGGCAUGGUUAAAUGAAACAUAUUUUGAAAUGUCAAGCUAUUUCUCAUUUUUAAAAAGAUGAAUGCAUCUCUUAAGCCUGUACCAUUAAUUUUUUAAAAGUUUCAUUUGGUGUUUCAUAUUAUAUUUUAAAGUAGUUUUCUUUAUUUAGUAGUACAGGUUUAGAAAAAUGAUAACAUGUGUCUCAUUUCACUAGAAUUUUAAGACACUUAUAGGAUUAUAAACAUCUACUGUAACUUUUUUGCUUUUCAUGUUACACCACUUUUUACUUAUUUGAUUAUGUUUAUUUAUAAUUAUGCUAAAUCAUGCACAAUGUAAAUAGCAUGUUUCAUUAUGCAAAAUGUCUUUGUAUUUACACACUGAAGAACAAGGUAAAUUUAUAUAUGAAAAUGAGUGGUAAAAACCUGGGUUCCUUAUAAAACAAAGUAGAAAUAACCAUUGUGUGUUAUAUUUACAUAAUUCAUUAUAAAGCUAUCUGUUUAAGUCAUGCAUUUAUUUACUGUAUAAAUCCAAACUGUCACGUAAAAUAUUUAAAUCAAUAAAUGAUUACAAACAGAA